CCAGAAUGACACGUAAUGUUUGCAAACAAAAAAGUCAAGCAGGAAGAGAACGCAACGCGAAAUCGGAAAGUGUUUUCUGGUGAGACGACACACAAAAACAUUGGCUGAAUUCCAUCCAACCAAGUUCUGUGAAGAGCUCCUCAACCUGCGUCAGCAUGAAUGUGUUUGACCGCAGCAUCAACCUGGAUGCCCUCCUCAAGUUCUCCCAGAUCUCCCACUCGACCCAGGUGCAUCUGAAGAAUGUCUACUCCAGCCUGGCGAUGUGCAUGUUCAUGGCGGCAGCUGGAUCCUAUGUCCACGUUGUCACCCGCUUGUUUCAGGGGGGGAUUGUGUCUCUCCUGGGCUCUCUGGGGAUGAUGUUCUGGUUGGCCAUGACACCUCACAGCUCUGAGACGGAGAAGAAGAGGCUGGCCAUCCUGGCAGGGUUUGCCUUCCUCACAGGCGUUGGCCUUGGACCUGCCAUGGACUUUGUCAUCGCUAUCAACCCAAGCAUCAUUGUGACCGCCUUCCUGGGAACCUCCAUCAUCUUCCUGUGCUUCACCCUGAGUGCCCUGUAUGCCAAACGCAGGAGCUACCUCUUCCUGGGAGGUACACUGAUGUCAGGGCUGUCCAUCAUGUUCCUGCUGUCUGUGGUCAACAUGUUUUUCGGAUCCGUCAUGCUGUUUAAGGCACACAUGUACCUUGGGCUGGUCAUCAUGUGUGGGUUCGUUCUGUUUGACACUCAGCUCAUCAUUGAGAAAGCUGAAAACGGAGACAAGGAUUAUAUCUGGCACUGUGUUGACCUGUUCCUGGACUUUGUGACCAUCUUCAGAAAGCUCAUGGUUAUUCUGGCCAUGAACGAGAAGGACAAGAAAAAGGAAAAGAAGUAGAUGAAAGAAAUCCCUAGGAAGUUCAACAUUAAAAAGUUGGUGACAACAUGGCACAAUAUCUGCAA